UUUUUUACAAAAUGGCAGCGCCCUUGCGAACUUGUGUACAUUCUGUAACCAAGAUUUUAAAUAUUUAUAUUAACGGUAAUGGGGUACUUUUGAAAAAUUCAAAUCAUUUGAUUGAAAAUGUGCCCAGAUCUACGUAUUUCAUUAACAAGAAGUUAUACAGUCAAGUUAGAAAAAAGCAAAAACCAAAAGAUCCUAGGAAAAAUACACAGUAUCCUUACGUUCCUGGCGAUCCACUUCAGGAAGAUGCAAUCAGAGAGGUAGCAGCAGAAAACGACUACAUUUCUAAAAUAACAGCAAGAAACAAAAAAAAUGAUGAAGUAAAACUUAAUGAGCUCCAAAAAUCAUCUCGAGUGCAUUUAACUAACGCAGGCUUACAAUAUGAAGUUCUCAAAGAAGGCGAUAAGCGAUUUGGGCAAAUCAUUAUGGAUCUCAAAUCUUCAAAGCUGGGUAUGGUAAAGGAAGCUGUUAUUUUGGAAGGUCAUAGACUGAUCAAAGAUGCUGUAGCUCUAGGAGCCAAGAUGAAAAGUUUAUAUUUCUGUGAGGCCUCAGCUCUAGAAAGUCUGCCCAAAGAAUAUCUCCAAAAUGUCACCAUGUACAAGGUCACAUUCAAGGACAUGAAAGUUUGGGCUGACACCACCACACCUUCAGGCCUUUUGGGUAUAUUUGAGAAGCCACAACAAGGGGAGCUAAUAGCAGCACCUGAUGUAGUACUACCCAUCACUCUUAUCUUCGACAGCCUUAAAGAUCCAGGAAAUGCUGGAACUUUGAUUCGUACAGCGGCAGCAAUUGGCUGUGAGAAAGUAAUCACCACCAAAGGCAGUGUCAAUGUCUGGGAACCUAAGGUUAUAAGGUCAGCUAUGGGAGGUCACUUUUGCAUCCCCAUCGUUACUGGCCUGAGCUGGUCAGAUGUACACAACCACCUGCAAGAUGGCACUCGAGUAUUUCUGGCCAACUCCAAACCUUCACAUGUCCUUUCAAAAACAUUUAGUAAACAUUUGACUGUUGACGACAUAAAAGAAGUUGAAGAUGUGGAGCUAUCAGAGUCAGACAAUGACACGGAGGAUGACAAGGACGCUGAAGAAAUGGAGCAUGAGGAGCUUAUUAAAGAAAUGAACUUAGAAAAACUGUCACGUGAAUUUCACAAAGUUCCCCUCACUGUCUAUGACUAUUCUGAAAUCCCCCUGGCCCCAGCGGCAGAUGGCAAUAUACCUGCAGUGGCUUUAAUUGUUGGCGGAGAGACAGAAGGCCUGAGUGCAUUGGCCAAAAAGUUUGCUUAUAACCACUACGGGCAUUAUGUGACCAUCCCAAUGAACAGCAGAGUCAACAGCUUAAACACUGGCAUUGCAGGCAGUCUGAUCUUAUAUGAGCUGCGAAAAAAGUUAUUGACAUUUGGAAAACUCAACCAAUAAUUUAUGUUAGCUCUAACUAAAUGCUUGACUUUUACUGUACAGAUUUUUCUACAAAAAUAAAAUAAUUCAUAUCAUA